GCCAGUAUUUUAUGAACGCCGGUUCUUUUGGGGUCGGGUCCAGCGCUCAAUAUUUCAGAGAAAGCCGUCAAUGGGAGAGGGCAGAUACGAUUAGAGGAGAAAGUGGAGGAAAAACUGGAAGCCACAAAGGAGAGAGACACUUUCUCGAGAAACAAACGGAGAAAAGAAAAUACCGAUAUGGACGAAGAUCAUGGUAGUAGUGGGAUUAGUAGCGGUGUCUUGGAAACGGCAAAGGCUGAUAGAUCGGUGUGGUUGAUGAAGUGUCCGUUAGUAGUAGCGAAGUCAUGGCAGAGUCAGCCCUCUUCGUCAGAUUCUCAUCCUCUUUCUAAGGUCGUUCUAUCCCUCGAUCCUCUCCGCUCCGAGGAUCCCUCCGCUUUACAGUUCACUAUGGAGAUGGCUGGCAGUGAGACUAGCAAUAUACCUAAGAGUUAUAUUCUUAACAUGUCUAAAGACUUUGUUCCUAUGUCUGUCUUCUCUGAAACAAGUCAAGGAAAGGUUGCAAUGGAAGGGAAAGUGGAACAUAAAUUUGACAUGAAGCCCCAUGAGGAAAACAUUGAGGAGUAUGGAAGAUUAUGCCGUGAAAGAACAAAUAAGUCCAUGAUUAAAAAUAGGCAAAUACAGGUGAUUGAUAAUGACCGAGGAGUGCACAUGAGACCCAUGCCUGGAAUGAUUGGCUUGAUUUCAUCCAACUCAAAGGAUAAGAAGAAAACAGCGCCAGUUAAACAGUCAGACAUGAAGAGAACCAGGAGGGAUCGUGGGGAAUUGGAGGAUAUCAUGUUCAAGCUGUUUGAAAGACAACCUAAUUGGGCCUUGAAGCAACUUGUACAAGAAACUGAUCAACCUGCGCAAUUCUUGAAGGAGAUUCUGAAUGAGCUGUGUGUGUACAACAAGCGAGGAACAAAUCAAGGAACUUAUGAGCUGAAGCCAGAAUAUAAGAAAUCUGCAGAGGAUACGGGUGCUGACUAAAAAGUGAUAUUGUUGAAGUGUAUGAUUCUAACUUUUUUAUUUUUGUUUACAAGACGGAAGUUAGCUAGUAAGAACCUUGAGAGAGAGAGAGCGAGAGAAGAGAGAGAUAGAGA